AACAUCCAUCCCUUCGUGGAUGUUAGUGUGUUAGUAAAAGACUAUUUUGUUGUUUUUUCCCCUCAUGGUCAUCUGUUGACACUGGGAAGCUUUUUGCUUGUGACAGAUCUUAUUAGGAAACUAAUAAGCAAUGGGAAGCAGCUUGAUGCUGUUAACUAUGCAUAUGCCUUCGAUGUUGUGGGGGAGUUCCCUCCUGUGCCUCUUCUUAAGGCCUACUUGAAGGAAUCAAAGAAGGUAGCCCAAGAGGUCCGGAAAAGGGGAAAUGGCUCCCUUCAGGCACAGAAUGAGGCCAUUGCUAAAGAACUUGCUGCAUGGAGAGCAAUAAUCAAAUGCAUUGAAGAGCACAAUCUCCAAUCCGAGUACUUGCCGGAAGGCCUUGAAAAGCAUAUUGCUCAGUUGGAAAAGCAGAAGGCAGAUAGGAAGCGACCGGCUCCGACGAUGCCAAAGACCCAGCAACAGCAGGCUGCAAACAAGCGUCCCCGACCAGCUUUAGUGGGUGUAGCUGGCCCCACCACUCUAACUGCACCCCUGGUUGCACAAAUUAACCAACAACCACCGCAUUCGUCUAGCCUGAGCCUGUUGGCUGACCGGGUAUCUCCGUACCUGCUUUCAGCCGGGCCUUAUGGCUUGGCAGGGCCUGGUGCAGGAGCUUCUGCACUCUUUGACUGUCAGGGUCCCAGCUAUCUAGGAUCACAUCUGGGUUAUGUUGGGGGCAGGAGCCCACCGAUGUCUCAUCUCUACUCCACAGAGCUAUCAUUUAGUUUGUAUGAUAAGCCUGUUGGUUACAGUGGUUACACUGCGUCUGGUGGCAUGCAGCAUGGAAAUUUGCAGCCCAGUAGUCUGCAGCAGCCUUUUCACCAAUCAUACUAUCCUUAGAUGAGUAUGGGGUUCAUUUUUUAAAAAAAAAUUUAUUAGGAACUUGUUUGUUAAUCUGGUAUGGCUUAGUCUGCCCUAGGGCAUGGUCAAACCUUAUAUUUGACUACUUACUACAAAUGUUGAUGCAUGGUGCAACUUGGUUAAUCAAGUUCGUGGUCAUGGUCUUGUCCUGACGGUAGUUCAUUGGGCAACAACAGCUUUGGUUUAUUUAUAUAUGUUUUCUGUCCAACUAGGUAAUGGAGGCCUUUACAUAUUUUAAUUUAGUAGA